UCCGCCAUAAUCCAACCACUCUGCCCGCUUUACUCCGCGCAUUUGAAAACCAGGGACAGCAAAGCAGCAGUGGACAGUAACAACGUGGGAUUAACCAAUCAACCAGGCAGGUUGGACGAGGUAAAGCUGGGGGAUUAGCGUGGAGUCGUUUGAAGCCAGGUAUAAAAAUUGCGAGGCAAAGGCGACGGGGAGGAAGACCACCGCGGCAGCCCGCCCGCCCGCCUCCCGAACCUGAAGCCCGGGCGGAACCACCCGCCGCGCCGCCAUGGCGCCGUUCCAGAUGCGGUUCGGGCUCCAGAUCUCGCCCGCGCGCUCCGACGAGGAGGAGGAGGACGACGAGGUGGAGAGCGAGGGGACGGUCUCGCCGCCGAUGAUGCUGCGGGCCGGGAGGGGAGGAGGGGGCGGGCUGCUGGGCGCGGUGGUGGGGGCGCUGCGGAGGUCGCUGGUGAUGUGCAGUGUGGGCGCCGUGGGGGACGAGGAGGAGGAGGAGGAGGACAGCGAGGGGGAGGAAGAGGGGAUUGGGAUUGGGCGGCCCACGGACGUGCGGCACGUCUCCCACGUCACCUUCGACCGCUUCGGCGGGUUCCUCGGCCUCCCCGCCGACCUCGAGCCCGAGGUGCCGCGGCCCACGCCUAGCGCCAGGUUUAAUUCUACAUGCAGUUUGAGUGUAUUUGGGGUUUCACCUAUCUCUAUGCAAUGCUCGUAUGAUCAAAGAGGAAACAGUGUGCCCACAAUACUGUUGAUGAUGCAGAGGAAGUUAUACCUAUGUGAGGGACUUAAGAUCGAAGGGAUCUUCAGGAUUAACGCAGAAAAUAGCCAAGAAGUCUAUGUCAGGGACCAAUUAAACAGUGGAGUGGUUCCAGACGAAGUUGACUUACACUGCCUUGCUGGGUUGAUAAAGGCAUGGUUUCGAGAACUUCCUACAGGAGUAUUGGACACACUUACACCAGAACAAGUAAUGCACUGCAACACAGAAGAGGAGUGUGCUCUCCUUGCUUCUAUGCUACCACCAGUAGAAGCAGCAUUACUUGAUUGGGCCAUUAAUCUGAUGGCUGAUGUUGUAGAGCACGAAAACCACAACAAGAUGAAUGCCCGGAACAUCGCAAUGGUUUUUGCACCCAACAUGACUCAGAUGGCCGAUCCGUUAACUGCCCUGAUUCAUGCAGUCCAGGUGAUGAAUUUCCUCAAGACUUUAAUCAUAAAGACUUUAAACAAAAGAAAGGAGGCAGCUGGAGCAGUUAAGGCAUUGCAAUCAUGCUCUGAUUCCCCAAAUAACCAAUAUGAGCCUCAGAUGUCAGAGCAAUUGGAGAAACCUUUAGCUUUUUCAAGUCAGAAAGGCGUCGAUUUUCCCAUGACUGACAGGACUAUUUCUGAUCAUCUUCUUGGAGCUGAGAAAGCUCUCCAUCAUAAUGCACAAAGCGAUUCUGAUGAACCGAAGAAGUGUGGAAUUGAUAUGGACCACAAAAAAAGCCACAGUGAUGCUUCCCCUCUUGGUAUUGAUUCGAAUAACCAAGUCAACAUUUCUGGAAAAGAAUUCGGUAUUGAUUCGAAUAACCAAGUCAACAUUUCUGGAAAAGAAUUUGGUAAUAGAAAUGCGGAAGGCUUGUUCGGCAGAUUUAGUUUUAGGAAAGGGGUCGAGAGGCUUUGCAGGCAUCCCGUGUUUCAAUUGAGUAGAUCCAUGAAGAAGUCUGCAGACGUUGUCUUUGAUGCCCCCAGAGAAGCAAGACAAGCUUGGGUAUGAUAUGACAUUUGUAUUGUGUGUACUUUGUAGUUGGUAAUGCCAUUGUUUUGGCCUUUGUGCUUAGCUGAUCAGCCAUUCUCCUAGUCUGUGUGAGUAGAACCGGUUAGGAUGCUAGGUAUUAUACAAAUUUGCGGUUCUCUGGGUGUAUAUUAUAGCCGUUUACUUCAGACGAAAGUGUCUGGAGACGUAGCAUGUGGUUUCUACUGAGUAAACGAAAGCCACUGUGAACUCAGACUCCUUGCUGUAUACCUCACAUGUUAAUGAUCUCUUGAUGGUCUCUUACAAACUUGCUGAUAUGCUGUAACAUUAUCAGCCUGUGUAGCAACUGUCAGUAUAUUGUCAUGUAAAUGCAUUUGUCCUUUUUGAGGAGGCAUGCA